AUGUGUAAGCAUAUCUUGAACGCUCAGGUCUCUAUCCGCGCUCCUUGUUGUCGAAAAUGGUUCGACUGCGCAGCCUGCCACGCUGAAACCUCUGACCACCCCCUCAAAAAGACCGCCGAAAUGUCCCUCAUCUGCAAAAAAUGCAAAAAGGCCUUUCGGAAGGACUUAAACUCCGGUGAUUUCGACGACGAAGCAGACGAAUACUGUCCGCACUGCGAUAACCAUUUCCUGCUUGAGGCUGUGGAGCCGAAAGCUGCAUUGAGGGUUGAGGGGGAGGAUGUUAGGAAGGAUGCGAGGAUGAUUAAGGAUGAUAGGGUUAAGGUUGAUCCGGCGAGGAGUUUGUGGAGUGAGCAGGUUGAUGGGACUUUUCGGUUGGGUUAGACACCUAAAGGGGGGUAUAUGCGGGUGGAAAAGGCAUUUAGAGGGGUAUAUGAGGUUGAGUAUGCUUGGGUAUGGCAUAUGAUAGGUGAUGCUUUGUUUUGCAAAGGCGUUAUGUGGGUUCUGGGCGCAAAUGACAAUUCUUGGUAUAUUUGGGAGAGACAUGACAAAACGCAAUCUUCCCACAGCAGUCCUCUCCUCACCUCAUGUAUCGUUCUCAUCCCCCACCCCCCUGUAUAUAGCACCCCCCAAUACAAU